AUGGACGACUAUCAGACCACUCAACCCAACACCCUCAAACGCGCCCUUUCUCAGUCCACCACGUCCUCCACUUCCUCCUCCACCACCACCACCACCACUCCCUCAUCACCCAACACCCACAUUUCCAACAGCAAACCCCGCAAAGCAAGCCGGCUUUCCAGCGUCAAAGACUUUCUUCGCUCGCGUUCCAACUCGCCGACCCUCUCAGAUCACUCUCCCGUUCCCAACUUCGACAUCCCUCGAAGCAUUCCUGCCAACUCCGAUCAUCCCUCCACCAGCCCAACCACCAUGUCUCACCGAGUCUCCUCGGACAGCCACAGCGCCAGCCACAAGCACUCCACCUCUGGACACCGCCGCAGCGGCGACGACUACCGUCGCUACAGCGGGACGGUGAAUCAUUACGGUCGUCACUCGAAUGAUUGGUUGUUUGGGGGCUUCAGUCUGCGGGAUACAGUCCGCGAUGGAGUCGAUCGGUUGAGACAUCACUCCAAGGGCUGAACCUGCCGAGAUCUGCAUGAUUUCUAUCUGAUGAACUGGUUAUACUUGUGUAUUUCGCGGUUUCAUCCCAACGCUUGUUGUCGGACCCAGCCAGCAUAUUACUGGAAUCACCCUUGACGCUGGAGUGUCUGGAUGCCAGUCUCAAACUUCAGAGGCUUCGGCCGGAGACUCACAGAUUGAGUCUAUCAAGAGAGCUAUGAUCGUGACUUGACGACUUCGGUUCAGAAGAUGAUCUGUUCAUGUUCAUCGAUCACCGCUCGUCCUAUGCAUCAA